GUACGCUCUUCAUGACCUUUUUUUCUUUUCAAAAUUGAUGUCUUUCAAUUCUGUUGUAGUUCUAUUUCAAAUAGCAGUGCUGGUUAUGCAAAUCGGGGCUAUGAACUGGAAGAGCUUAGUUCAUCUGAUCAAACCUUGCACGGAUAUGUAUCACUCUUCUAGUUGAAACAAUUACGGUGAUUAAAAAAGCUUCUAGUGACCAGGUGCCUUCGAAUGCUGUUCAUAGCAUGGAAACCAUUUGCAUUUAAGCGAAAUCAUAACAACAUAUUGCAAAGUUACCACUUCGUACACACGAAUGGGAAACAAGCCCCUUGGCCUGAAUGCAUUCUGCCCUUUUUUGCAUAUGAGGCUAUGCAUAUGGGGUUGCCAGCCUGAAAAGCAUAGCUUUCCCCUCUUCCUCACUAGCAUCACCCAAGACCAAUGAGCAUCGGAAUGCUUAAAAUGAUCUUUGGGCUUCUCCUGUUUGCAAUUCUUUUCUUGCAAGAGGUAUGCGCAUCUCCACCGAUGAAAAAUAAAUCCGAGAGCAACAUUCGAGCUCAAGCAAGAAAACGUGAAAGAUACAACCUACAAAAGAAUUUCGGAGACCCAAAGUAUGAAGAACGUUUGAAAUAUAUGAAAGGCCGAUAUGCUUUUCUGAAAAAUGACCCCUCUACUGGUGAUAAGUAUCGCGAUAUGUUGCAAAAUAGUCGAAUCCGUAGUAGUUCAAGACGUUUAAAUAUCAAGUACGGUCUUCCAAGAGGAACUUUGCCGGGCGGUAAAUAUGAUCAUAAGAGCUACCAUGAGAAGUUCCAAGAAAGAGAGGAAAAUUUAAAUAGAGUACGUGAGUUAACAACAACGUCUGUACUCCUCGCUCGAGAACACGAAGGAUUGGCACAAGUCAUGAGGAAUGAGGCUGAGGAACCACGUAAGAAAGCAGUUGAAGCGCAUGAAGAAAUGUGGAAAAUCUAUAAAAAAGGUGCUUUGCCAGAUAAUGCGCAACAGACCAUGCCGCCCGGUCAAGAUGGUCUCCAAUGAUCACUUUGACUGAUCGUAUAGGCCUCAUUUGUUGAUUUGCAGCUGUAUCUGUAUUUAGCCUGUAUUUCGCCUUAUACAAUUUCGUAGCUAUAGAUUAC